GUUGACAUCAGAAUGACAUUAUCGUUCAGGUCGUGUCAGAAAGUCAUUACCAUUUUCAUGUUUUUCAAGAGUACCAAAAAAUGUUUUUUGUAGUGACCGAUUAGUGGAGCCUUUCACAAAAUCUCUUUGUGAAGGUAUGGAUACAACCAAGUCAACAGUUAGGGCUAAUUCCAAACCGAUGAAUGUAUUCUAUGUCUGGUACACUGAACUAUGUAGACGUAUGAAUUGUAAUCCCGCCCCUGCUGUGAAGCCUGCCAAACCUAAGUGUCAAACCGUAUUAGAAUUUGUCGCUGAUCGGCUCAAAGUAGAGGAAUGGAACCCUAUUGUCAACGCGCUACGAAACGAUACUAGCCUUCACGUAAUUAGCAUCAAAAGUAGAAUAAGUAAUUGUCAAUUUUUCCAUGAUAUUGACACUGAAGAUAAAGCAAGACAUAUGAAAAGGCGUUUUGGUUCUCUAUGGACAGCCUACAUCCUACGGCAACUCGUUAAAUCAAUUUCGUGCUCUCUCAGAAACACAAGUGUCCUCACAUGUUUAGAACUAGAUGGCCUGCCAAUGUUUAGUCAGUAUUUAGAACCACUCCUGCAGGGCCUGAAGAAAAAUAAAACCGUAAAACAAAUUUCUUUCGCAAAUUGUCUCAUUUAUGAUAGUGGAUGUCAAUUAGUAUGUUGUUAUAUAAAAUUCACGCCGAAUGUGGAAGUUCUGAACCUAUCUGGUUGUGGCUUAUCGGCAGAAAGUGGUGAACAUCUAGCAAAACUGAUAAAAUAUCAGCAAAUCAACAGGUACUGUGAAAGUUGGCAUAAUUCAUUGAGAUAUGAGAACCCACAGUCUGGUGUUAUGAGAGGAAUCAAAAGAAUAACUAUCAACUGUAAUCCCGAAUUUGGCGACACAGGACUCGAACAUAUAUUAGAUGAAUUGGAAGAUGACUUGUGGAUCAAGGCUUUAGAUUUACAGCGUUGCGGCAUUACUGAAAACUUGUCAAAUAGAAUAACAGAUGUCAUACAGUAUAACAAAUCCUUAGAAAUAGUUGACUUGAGACAAAACGAUUUACUCUAUAUUUCAACAAUUGAAAGAGUCCUUCAAUUAUUGAGGGAAAAACAACAGUUCGGUCAUCAACCAGAAUUUCAGUGGUGCAACACUGCUCUUACUUUAACUUGGAAUUCUGUAUACGAAUCAACUUCAAAAUUUUCUUUUGGGACGAAUAUUCACAAAACAAAAUCUGCACCUACAAAAACUCAUUUCUCAAAAACUAGUACGUUUACUAUUGAUCAAAAUAUUCGAAAGUCGAAAACAGUUGAAAAUAUCCAGAAAAAAAAUGAAAGUAGUAGUGACCUGAAAGUCAAGGAGCUCAAUUCAAAAUUACAGUUGGAGAUACAGAAAAGAAAGAAAAUUGAAAAGAGGAAUGAAGAGUUGCAGCAGAAGCUGGAACUUAUUCAGAACACAGUUAAAAUGAAACAAGAAAACGGUAAAAAGUCUCUCAAAAUAGUAAUGGAUUCCACCGAAUGCAAGACUCCUUUGAAACCAAUGAAACUUGUCCCAGAAUGUACGCAACGGAAAAAUGAGCAUUCGAAAGCCAGGGAAUUGAACGGAAUCAAAAAUUCAAAUGGUCUAAAGAAUGGAAUCAAGUAUGGGAUUGUCCCUAAUGGCGUUGCAAAUGGCUUCAAAAAUGGUGUUUCUUCAAAAAUUAUUAAUAGCGCCUGUAAAAUUUUUGAAAAUUUACUGAAGAAAGACACUUAUGUUGAAAUAAACGAUGAUGGCGAUUUAUUAAAGCACUUCACAAACGAUAAGCAAAACCUAUCAAUUGACCACGACAAUUUUUCAGAAAUAUCCACUGAUAGUCAGUUAUCUUUAUACGAAUACAUGGAACAAGUGAAAAAGGGUCCGCCGGAGAAAUAUACCAGAACAGAAUGUCAGAAGAGAUAAAUUUUAUAAUUUUAAGGUGAAUUUUGUGUAGAGAAAUUAAAACGUUCACUGUGAUUGUAUCUUCAAUGUAAUGAUAGGGUUGGUGUCAAUUCUGUAAUUAGUUCUUAGAAUCAGCCUUCGAUAUCACAACCAGAAUAAAAAAUACUUUUUUCAUUCAAAAUGAAUAACUUACCUGAACUUUGUACAAAAUUUUCAUGGUAAUAAAUCAAUCAGAACA